AUGAGCGAAGGUGAACACGAGAGCACGGAGCUCUUUGCGAAGGUCGAGCAGGGAAAGCCGUGGGAGUGCCAGCGCCAGUACUUCCCCAGCAAGCUCGGAGGGCGUCCAGCGUGGCUGGAACCUGAGAAUCUCCCUAAAGAGGAAGCCUUCGCCUGCCCAAAAUGCGCCGGCGUCAUGACCUUCGUUUUGCAGUUGUACGCACCUGACGACGACGAGCCUUCUGGAGACGCUUUCCACAGGACGAUCUACUUGUUUGCGUGCCAGCCGUGCGGCACGCAUUGGCGCGCAUUUCGCUCGCAGCUUCCCAGGAAAAACGCGCAUUACGCAUUCCACCCGGAGCCGUACGGCACCCUCUUCCCGCAGCCAGACACAGUCGUCGCCAAGCGCUGCUGCCCGGCAUGCGGGGUGCCUAGCGACGGGGAACUUGGACCAGACGAGCAGAUCGCAUUUAAAUUCAAGGUUCAGGAUGUCACUGCAGUUGCCAGUUGGCGGGCCUUGCACCCGAGGUGCAAAAUCGCAAUUAUACAACAGACGCUGGAGGCCACACUGCCGGAGUCGCUGCUGCGUAUAUGCGAAGGUGAAAUAAAGGAGUCGGAAAACUACCUCGCGCACGAGAAGGAGCUGUAUCGCAAAUACCAGGAAAUGAAGGCUCAACGUGCAGAUGGGGAAGAGGAGGAACUGGACGAGUCCGAGGAAAAGGCCAUAGAGGCAAUACAGAAGGAACGAAUCGUUGAGGACCGCAACUUCGAGCGCUUCUGCAAGCGAACCACACCGGACGACGUGGUAUUCUACUGCCGCGACGGAAAGCCGAUGUGGACCAGCGACCGUACUCCUAAACUACGGUGCGCCGCAACUAAAGAUGUGGCUGCAAGCGACGAAGUAGUGCCUGUAUGUGGCAGAUGCGGAGGGCCACGGUCGUUCGAGUUCCAGGUGCUGCCACAGAUGCUGGUACACCUCGGUGCAGUACGCCUGGACUUCGCGAGCGUGGCGGUCUACACGUGCGCGGCGUCGUGCCAGCUACGCGGUAAGUACCAGGAGGAGUUCGUGUACGUUGAACCGGACCUUUCGCUGGGUCCGAAGUGA